AUGUAUUCAGCACUGACAGCCUUGGAAGGCUCAGGCUGUUUGUUCGAAGGCCCGAAUACCACCACCAAACUUUUGAUCCGUGCUAUUAACAACAACACGCACAAACUUUUCGAUCGCAUGGACAUCCUUGCCUGCCGAACCGCGCUGAAGGGUCCUACGUUUCGAUCAACGACCAGACCAACUGAGCUCUGUCAAUAACCCACCAGGCAACCCGAGAAACAAGUAUCCGUACCGCACUGAAAUAUAUGCAUACCUACUUAUAGUGAAAAAGGUAGUGGAUGGUUGGAAAUCAGCUGGCUCAAGCGCCGGAUUUGUCAAAAGUCAGUCAUCAUAGGCGGUUGCCAAGUUACCAAGCAAAAGAACAGACGGGGUCGGGGAUCAAGCAGGGGACCCUAGCAGGCCGAGACCGGGGAUGACUCGUGGCUCUUCAAACUGCCAGAGAUUGAGGUGAGUGGAAGGGCAAGGGCUACAGCUCUCGCCGGCCGUUCUAGGAUAAUCCAUGCCCUUCCGAUUUGCUCAACCCUUCACUUUCACUAUCAUGUACUUUGUACCCACUACGUAGCACUUCUAUAGUACGAAACUGAAGUGCUUCGUAGCUAGCCUUUGUUACCUACCACUUGUAUUCUUGGGCGAUACAAGUACCGCAAAUCCAACAUCAUAUGUUAUGUGUACUCGAGAUGCACGUGCCUACCUCACCUACAUUAGGUACCAGUAGUUUGCUUGCACAAGCUCCAUGGGUAAUGCCAACAGCUAGGCUUAAAGCAACACAAUCACAGUUACAGCUCGCCCAAAGGAUGAUUGAGAUCGACUUUGUGCUCUGAGUAUUCGUAAGCGGCCUCUCAGCGAUGUGCAACAGUUGAAAUACAAAAACGGUAUUGUUUUGGUCCAUGUUCGAGACCUUGUUCUCACCUCAAUUGCAGUCAGUCGACUACCACAAAGUCUAGACGCAGCCAUCCAAUCUUGAUCGUCAUGUUAAUCCUGUCACAAAAUGAGCCCAACGUUCCAAAGAUGAAAGAAAGCAAAAUCGAGGAAAAGUGUGUGUGUGUGUGUGUGCGCGCGCCUUGGAGUGUGGCCAAAGUGGGAUUCUUGUUGCGGAAUCGGCAAGGGCAUACCAUGGUUCUGCGACUUUGGCAGGCCUAAUAAGGAG